CCCAUCUUUGAGUUGUGAAGGUACUCUUACCCAGCUCUCUCUAAGAAUACGGUUUCACCCCUUAGGAAGUGCUCUGUCUUGUAUAAGGAUGAGUCUCCAUCUAUUCUAUAGAAUGUGAAAAAGAGGUACAGUUAUUUAAGAAAUAAUAAGGCUAGGAGAGGCGGAGCACCUAAUCAGGACAAUUCAUAUUUCACAUUACUGAGUACGAAAGACUCCAUCACUUAGUAAUGCAGUUCAAUAGGAGAUGCACAUAGGAAUAGUAUCCUUAUUUUCAUUCAUUGUUACAUAUUUUACGGUUUACACGCUAAAUUUGUGUCUUUGAGACACUUGAAGCUAAGGGAAUUUUACCUCAGAAGUUCUUCCCAUGCAGGAUUUCAUACAAGAUGAGCAUUUUUCGAUGUCAAAAAUCAUCCGAAAAUCUUUUAUUUUGCUAGCUUUGUAAGUAAAGUAGGAUUCUUACCCUGAAUAGGGAAAUGGGAGUUCUUAAGCAGAA